AUGAAAAAAUUUGUCAUUGGGAUUGGUGGUGUGACAAAUGGUGGGAAGACAACACUGGCUAAAAAAUUGCAAAAACAUCUCCCAAACUGCAGUGUCAUCUCUCAGGAUGAUUUCUUUAAGCCACCGUCUGAGAUAGAGACAGAUAAAAAUGGAUUUCUGCAGUACGAUGUGCUUGAAGCGCUUAACAUGGAAAAAAUGAUGUCCGCCGUUUCUUGCUGGAUGAAAAGCCCAAGACACUCUCCGGUAUCAACAGCCUGGAGAAACGCCGAGGAAGUUCCCAUAUUAAUCAUCGAAGGCUUCCUUCUCUUUAAUUAUAAGCCCCUUGAGACUAUAUGGAAUAGAAGAUACUUUCUGACCAUUCCAUAUGAAGAAUGUAAGAGGAGGAGGAGCAUGAGGGUGUAUGAGCCUCCGGACCCUGAGGGGUACUUCGAUGGCCACGUGUGGCCCAUGUAUCUAAAGCACCGAGGAGAAAUAGAGAGCAUUGAGGAGAUUGUUUACCUGGAUGGGACAAAAUCUGAAGAGGAACUCUUUUCACAAGUAUAUGAAGAUCUAAGACAGGAACUGGCAAAGCAAAAAUUGUCCUGCAAAGCCAGCCUGGAGGGAUCCUCAGCAUAG